UGUUCCCAUGCAACAACCCACCAGGACCUUUUAGACAUGUGGCCCUCUCUCUCUCUCUCUCUUUAUAUAUACCUUCAAAUACACCCCCCCCUCUCCUCACAUGCAUUUCUCUCUUACACCCAAUACAACAAGAUCAGCAACAUCUUGUAGUGCUCUCCUCCCCUCCCUUCCAUCUCCAAUUCUCCUGCUAAGAAAGCCAUGGUGGUCUUAGCCGAGCCCGGCGCCGACCAGAUAUCCGUCGUCCGGUCCCCGAAGCCGACCCCUUACUUCUCGGCGAUCCCCGUCGUGGACCUCGCGGCGCCCGGCUCUGCCGAGGCGGUCGUCGGCGCCUGCGAGGAGUUCGGGUUCUUCAAGGUCACCAAUCACGGGAUCGCCGCGGAGCUCAUCGACCGGCUGGAGGCCGUGGCGGUGGAGUUCUUCGCCUUACCGCCGGCCGAGAAGAGCAGUCGGGCCCGCGCGAACGGCGACGUCGGCUGGCUGGAGUACCUCCUCCUCGCGAUCGGCAGCGCCUCGGCCGGCAGCCCCUCCUCCAUUGCCUUCCUCCGGGAAUCCUCCUCCCUCGCGUUCCGGUCGGCGUUGGGCGAGUACGUGGCGGCGGUCGAGAAGCUGGCGUGCGACGUGCUGGAGCGAAUGGCGGAGGGGCUGAAAAUCGAGCCGAGGAAUGCGUUCAGCCGGCUGAUAACCGACGAGGACAGCGAUCAGUUUUUUAGGGUGAACCACUACCCGCCGUGCCCCCUGCUCAACGGCUUCGGCUGCAGCCUCACCGGCUUCGGCGAGCACACCGACCCCCAGAUCCUUUCGCUGCUGCGGUCCAACAACACCGCCGGCCUCCAGAUCGCGCUCCGGGACGGCCGGUGGGUCGCCGUCCCCUCCGACCGCGACUCCUUCUUCAUCAAUGUUGGUGACGCACUGCAGGUUAUGACGAACGGACGGUUCCGGAGCGUGAGGCACAGGGUCUUGGCCGACGGACUGAAGUCCCGGGUCUCCAUGAUCUUCUUCGGAGGGCCGCCCUUGUCGCAGAGGAUCGCGCCGCUGCCGCAGCUCAUGAGAGAGGGGGAGCAGAGCCUGUACAAGGAGUUCACAUGGGGUGAGUACAAGAAAGCUGCGUACAAUUCAAGGCUAGCUGAUAACAGGCUCGGACAGUUCGAGAAGAAGUAAAUUGAGCGAAAGAGAAAAAACAGACAGUAAAAUUAAUAGAGCUGAAAUUAUUAUUGAUAAUGCAGAUAUAUUAAUAAAUUAGUAUUUAAUGUAUCUGUUCUAUCAAUAAUAAUUUAUAUCUGUUAAAGUGACUUGAGAGGGGGAGGAAGAUCGCGGAUCUGUGCGCAGAUGUGGGCUGGCUUUUCCUAUUUUGGAAUGUUGGGUUUGUUCAGAAACAGGGUGGCAUAGGUGACUUGUGUUUCUUGUUAACCAAAUAUAGCUGGAGAAGCGGAACUCAUUCUCCUUUUUCUUUUUUUCUUUUUUUCUUUUUCUUUUUUUUUUUUCCCUUCUUUUUUUACUUUUCCUAACAUUUCCUCCUCUGCCUAAAAUUUGUCACUCUUUCCUUCUCUUUCCUUCUCUUUCCUUUGAUGCAAAAGCACUUGAUGUAUAUAAACCCCUUUUGUCUCUUCAAUGCUGAUAGUUUGUUAAGAAUGAU